CGAGGCGAUGCGCCGCUGCGGCUCUCACCCGUACAUCAUCGAGCUGCUGGGCGUGUACUGGGUCCGGCCCGAGGGGCGUGCGGCCGACAGCGGCCCUGUCGAGGCGGCGAUUGUGAUGGAGCUGGCCGGCGGCGGAGGCCUGUUCGAGCGCCUGGUUGCGGAGGGCGCGUACACGGAGCAGAUCGCAUCCAAGAUCAUCAAGCAGGUCGCCCUGUCGAUCUACCACCUCCACUCGCGCGGCAUCCUGCACCGCGACCUCAAGCCCGAGAACGUCGUCUUCGAGUGUGAAGAGCGCGACUCUGCGAUCAAGCUGAUCGAUUUCGGCACCGCCGUGACGCUGGACGAGGCGGGGGAGAAGGUGCAGGGCGGAGGGCGGAUAGGCACUUGGUCGUACUGGGCGCCCGAGCAGCUGGCGCAGCAGCCGUACGGCUUUGAGGUCGACCUCUGGUCGCUCGGCGUGCUCCUCUACAUCCUGCUGGUUGGCUUCCACCCCUUCGACCCGGAGGGGGAGGCGAACGAGCAGCAGAUCCUCGCAAACAUGAAGGCGCACCGCCUCUGCCUCGACGCGCCGGAGUGGGGCACCGUCUCCGGGCAGGCAAAGGGGCUCGUCGUCUCUUUGCUCGAGCCCGACCCGGAGCAGCGGCUGACGGCGGCGCAGCUCAUUUCGCACCCGUGGGUGCUCGGGCAGGACGUGCCGGGCAGGCCGAUGCCGGCGACGCAGGAGCGGCUGCGCCACUUCACGCAGGCCCGCAACGCGUUCUACGGCUCGCUGCUCAUGGGCCUUCUCGUGCACCAGCUGUCGACCAGUGCGGACGCAGAGGGGCUCGGCGGGCUGCAAGUGGACGUG